UUCGCUGUCGACCAUUGGUGUCAGCUGGUGGUUUCGUCAGAUGGAAUCGUGAAUCCUGUAAUAUCACAUCGAUCAUCGUACGGAAGAAAGCGAAUCAAGAUGAGCGGAGGAAUGCCAGAAUUGGGCUCGAAGAUAAGUUUAAUAUCGAAGGCGGACAUUCGUUACGAGGGCCGACUCUUCACUGUUGAUCCUCAAGAAUGCACGAUUGCUUUAGCUAAUGUACGUUCGUUUGGAACUGAGGAUAGAGAGACACAAUUACCAGUGGCACCACAGAAUCAAGUGUACGAAUAUAUUUUAUUCCGUGGUUCGGAUAUUAAAGAUAUCCGAGUGGUUAACAAUGUUAACUCUAUUCCAAAUGAUCCAGCCAUUGUGCAGAUGACGGUACAACCAUCUAUGAGCCAGCAGUCAUACCAGCCACAACCUAGUUAUGCUCAUCCAAUGAUGGGCCCAAUGGGUGGACAAUAUGGAACCCCCUACGGCAUGACAAUGGGUACCAUGGGACCGGUAAUGGGAAUGCCAACUGCUGCUAGAGAUCCUCGCGGACCAAUAAAUAAACAGCCAAGUGAGUUGAGCUUGGGCUCUGCCGAACCCAAUGCCAUCUCUAUCCCAAACUCACUACCAACGGCCAAUGUCAACCCAUUACCAAAAGACCAAUCUCUGGAAGAUGGUGUAUUAGACCUUAUUAGCGGUGGUUCACGAUCGACAACGCCAACUUCAUCUUUAUUGACUCGAAAGAGUCCAACCAUAGAUCAGGGUAUUCAAGUAGGCCAUCAACAGCAGACACAGCAGCAGCAACAGCAAGGUGGCAAGCUUGGCGACAAGACAAAUAUGAGAAACAUUCAACCUGCUCGACGUGAUCAUGACAGUCAUGGUGGUAAGCCUGGUAUUGUGUCACAGUAUAACGAAGGGAAGCGUGACCAAAUGAAACAAGAUGGUCAAAUUCAAGGUCAAAGUAACCACGCGCAAGGUGGUCGAGGGAAUCGCGGGGGUUGGAUAAAUCGUGGAAAUAUGCGAGGCAGAGGAAGAGGUCGCGGUGGUUUUAGAAAUCAAAUUGGUAAUACUGGUGCCAAACCGAAGAAUACAUUGAAGUUUGAUAACGACUAUGAUUUCGAGCAAGCUAAUACUGAAUUUGAGGAAUUGAGAUCUCAAUUAGCAAAAACAAAGAUUGAUACUGGUGCUGAUAACGAGAAGAAGGAUGACAGUGGUAAUGAGACAGGUGCAGGUGAAGGAGAGCCCGAGGAGGAACCAGAGAUAAUCCAUUACGAUAAGUCGAAAUCAUUCUUUGAUAAUAUUAGCUGCGAAGCUGUUGAGAGGAGUAAAGGACGGUUCCAACGUACAGACUGGAGGACAGAGCGCAAAUUGAACUCUGAAACAUUUGGUGUAGCGUCAACGAGGCGUGGUGGCUUUCGCGGACGCGGUUAUUAUAAUCGUGGAAUGGGGGGAAUGUAUCGAGGUGGUGGUGGUGGUACCGGUGGUUCUGGUUUUCGCGGUGGUUACAGAGGUUCCAGAGGUGGUAAUCGUAAACCUGUUAACCAACAACAACCGAAUAAUCCUGGCAGUCAAAACCAACGUAUGACCAACGAACAACCCACUACCCAAUCGCAGCAGAAUAGUCGCGUUGUAUCUUUUUAAAUGAGCAACGCGCUACUCUCUAUAUAUAAGUAUUUACUUUAGAUUAAGAUUUUUACGAUACGUGCUCUGCCCUUGUGGACUGAUUCGAAUUCGAGAUUGAAAAGGAUUCAAUGAUUUAAAGGAAAAUACAAAUGAAGAUAAUAGUUCUUUGAGAGAACUUUAUCUGUAAAUUUUUUUUCUAUUGCCACGCAGGAAUACCGUAGGGAAUUAAUCGAUGCUUUGCAAAGACCUGCGUUUAGAGUUUCUCGACAAAACAAAUAUGAAUCUUAUUGUUGUAAGUAGUUAAUUUUCAAAAACUCGAUAUCCAGAGCCGUCGUUUCCUACGAGUUAAGAAAAAUCGUCGAAUGCUUAUGAAUGUAACAAGUACAAUACACGCCGGACGGUAGAAUGUUUGCAAAACAUACGUGAAGUAAAACUCUUCGAUUAUACUCGUACGAACGCUAAUAACUCGACAGACAUGCAACUACCAUUAAGAAGAGAACAAUAAGAAUCUCAAGGGAAAUUUUUGUAAUGCAACACGUGACCACAGUGUCUAUAAAAAUUUUGAAAGGAUAUGGUAAUAAAAAUGACCAAUUAAUUGUUUAUGUUGCGUGAAUUGUGAUUCAGUUGAAAUGAAGCACGUGAUAACACCGAUCUUGAUUGUAGCUUUUUUGCGAGUAAAUGGAACAAAAAUCAUUACGAUGGAAAUAAGUGAAACGUGCGAACCGUCGCAAAUAGAAUAGGACAAUAUAUUAUGAUUAUUUCGAACAGUCAAAACGUUAUUUAUUUAAGAUGUUGACCGAUACAUGCUGAUUAUGGUGAAGUAAUUAUUUUACCCAUAUAUUUACUAGGGAGUUUUGAUUUUCGAACAGGAAUGUUCAAUCGUUCCUUAUGAAAAAAGUAAAAGAAAAAAUACAAAAAUAAGGGGAAAGGAAGAAAUUGAUUUUGUAUGGUUCAUCGAGAUAGGCGAGAGAAGCUGAAUCGUACAUCGAUUAAUUGACUAUUAGUUUCUGAAAUAUUGAACGUGGUAUGCUAGAUUUAAGUGAAAAUGAGAGUGCGAAUGCCUUCCUGUAGUUCGACUGCGUUUAAUAGCUUCGAGUUUCGAAGAAAUCGUUUAAUGUACGAGGAAUGCUGUACGCGAAUCACGAAUAGCGUCGCGAGAGUGAGACUCUAAAUGGAUGAUAAUGUCCUUAAAAAUAUAAGACGCAAAAAAGAAAGGCAGAAUAGGUAUAUUAUUUGCGACUGUUAUUUUCUUAUGGCUCGUAUGGAGUCCCAAGCGUAUACAGAUAUAUACAAACAUAACAUGAGAUUUAGUUAACACGUGAGUCGAAAUAAACCUCCAUAAGUUGUCAGUAAAGUUGCAAAGUAAAGUUAAAAAGAAUGCAUAUAUGAUUAAAGGUUAAGUAAAAAUAGAAUGGAAUAUGGGGGUAAGAAAAAAUGUAACUUUUAAGUUUUAUGCAUUACGCGUGUAAAGAAUGCACGGGUGUAUGUUGUUUUCCGAUGAUGAAUUUUUGUUUUGUACAGCGGAUAUUGUGAAUUCCCAAUGCUGAUAAAAUAAUACUGAAAUAAUAAAAGUAAUGAUUAUUGUA